GCCGCCAGCGCUCCCCGUGGAGACGGGGCUGGGACACGCUCACCUGGCUGCUCUUCCUGGGAUGAAAAAGCCAAAGCGAUGCAGCCUCUAGCCUCCUGGAGGGAUGGAGCCAGGCUGGGGCUGGAACAGCUCUCACCAGAGCCCGCCUGGGCACAGCCAGGGGCAUCUGAGCCUGGCAGGGGACCCCAACCUGACGCUGCUGCACACCCGGGAUGAGGAGCUGGCCAAGGCCGAGGUCGGGGUGCUGGGCACCAUCCUGGCUGUGGCCACCGUGGGCAACCUGGGCGUGCUGCUGGCCAUGUACCGGCUGAGGAGGAAGAUGAGCCGCAUGCACCUCUUCAUCCUGCACCUGGGGCUGACCGACCUGGGCGUGGCCCUGUUCCAGGUGCUGCCGCAGCUCCUCUGGAAGGUCACCUACCGCUUCCUGGGGCCCGACGCGCUCUGCAGGGCCGUCAAGUACCUGCAGGUGCUCAGCAUGUUCGCCUCCACCUACAUGCUCAUGGUGAUGACCCUGGACCGCUACCUGGCCGUGUGCCACCCGCUGCAGUCGCUGCAGCAGCCCAGCCGCCAGGCCUACACCAUGAUCGGGGCCACCUGGCUGCUCAGCUGCCUGCUCAGCUUGCCCCAGGUGUUCAUCUUCUCGCUGCGGGAGGUGCGCCCGGGCUCGGGGGUGCUGGACUGCUGGGCGGAUUUCGGGUACCCGUGGGGAGCGCGCGCCUACAUCACCUGGACCACGCUGUGCAUCUUCGUGCUGCCCGUGGGCGUCCUCAGCGUCUGCUACAGCCUCAUCUGCCACGAGAUCUGCAAGAACCUCAAGGGCAAGACCCAGAGCGGUGCCCCUGGCGCGGGGGGACCCGCGGCAGCCGCCGCUGCUGCCCCCGGCCCCGCGGGGAAGGGCGGGCAGCCCUCGCGGGUGAGCAGCGUGCGCACCAUCUCCCGCGCCAAGAUCCGCACCGUGAAGAUGACCUUCGUCAUCGUGGCCGCCUAUGUCACCUGCUGGGCGCCCUUCUUCAGCGUGCAGAUGUGGUCAGUGUGGGACGAAGAUGCUCCCGACGAUGAGUCCACCGACGUGGCUUUCAGCAUCACCAUGCUGCUGGCCAGCCUCAGCAGCUGCUGCAACCCCUGGAUCUACCUGUUCUUCAGCGGGCACCUCCUGCAGAACGCCGGGCGCUGCCGGGGCUGCCGGGGCCGCCGCCGGGCCGGGCUGCGCAGACCCAACUCCACCGGGAGCCUGUGCAGCAGGAAAACCACGAUCCUGAGCCACAGCCACCAGGCCGGGGUCCCCCUGCGCGGGGACAGCGCCAGGGAGCCGUACUCGCCCUGCGACGAGGGGGUGACGGAGUCGGGCACGCUCUAGGCUGCGGCGGUGGCCGCUCUGUCGCUGCAGAGCGCGGCCCUCCCCGCCUGGUGGCACCGCGCUUUGCAGAAAUCUCACUGUUUCACCCAGAAAAGCGUCGCUGUCCGCCUUGUCCUCGCUGCCGAACGCGCCGUGUCCGCUGCGACCAUCGGGGGAUGGACAGAGCCCCUCCGGCCGCUGCCUGACCACAGCAUCCACCGCCCGCGUGUUUAGGGAAACCUCUGGCUGCUCUCCUCCGGGAAGGGGAUGCUGAAUCCUUCGGGAAGAGGGGAUGCUGCACCCGCAAAAUCCUCCUGGAGAGACGCGAGCUUUGCGUUCCCCAGCUGCCAGCAGAGCAAGCCUGAGCACGGCAACGCGGCCCCAUCUGCUCCAGAUCCCCGCCAGUUCCUCCUCUCGCACCCUCGGGGCCUUGCUGGCCGAGCAGGCAGCGAGGACAGAGCUGUCCCACGCCCCGGGGCACCGCAGAGUUCCCCUGGCCCGGAACUGCCCCGCUGCCACCCCGGGGCCAGGGACGGGGCAGUCGCGUCUGUCCCGCACCCGCUGUGCCCGCUGGAGCGCCCCAAAUGCGGCACUGGCACCCCGAGGAGCUGCUGCGAGCAGCCCUGGCCCCGCUCCAGCUCAGCCGGGCACGUCCUGCCCCCUCCGUGCCCACUUCCCCUCCCAGCCCCAACCCCCGUGUUCAACAUCUGCCGCGUCCCAGGCAGAGCUGCUCUCACGCUGCUGCUGCUGCUGCUGCUUUGGGCUGAUUUUGCAGGGAUCAGGGUCCCAAAACCACCCAGGGCUCGCAGAGCAGGGAACUCGGUUCCCGUGCAGUCCCAGCCUGGCCCCUGCCCUUCUCAAAGGAGCUGUUUUGUGCAGGAAUAAAUCACGGAUGAAGCAGGAAAGAGCAUCCCUUUGUUCUGGCAGUCGAGCUCCAAAGCUGUUGAUGGAGUUGUCCAAGUGUCCCAGCGAAGGUUCCCAGUUCCCUGCGAGCCACGGGCAUUAUUCCUUCCACUAGCACAGGCUAAAGCUGUAAAAAUAAGACAUUAGGAGUAAAAUAUUUUGAAAUCUUCAA